AUGCGUGAUGACUCUUCGAUCUGGGUGGACGUGAAGAUGAAGAUCGAAGGGCAGCUCUUGCUUCAUUUGGAGCUCAGGGGCUGCAGGUCUGACCAGGAUAUGACGGUUCAGCUCAACUACAUCAACGACGGGCUGAUCCCUUCGCUCAAGGAGGUCCUCUUCGUGCCUGCAGUCGUGGUGACGAUCUUCGCUGGUUGGCGAGUGAUGGCGGCCAGCUUCGAAGUUGGAGGUCGUUUGUAUGUGUGCUCGAAUGGCGGUGUGGUCGUAGCUGCUGACUACCCGCUGUGCCACUUUGAACUUCGAAUGACAGCUCUGUCUUCGGCUGAUUCGAUCGGGGUGGAUGCAGACCGCCUUGAAUUCAGGUUCAGGUCGGCGGGCGACAAGCUCGAUGUGGCAUGCUCCCAGCUGAAUGUCCCAGCCACCUGGUUGACGCUCUCUCGAGUGUCUGGGCCAACGCUCAUUCAGAACGCCAGAUGGUGUCGCGAGCGCAAUGCUCGUGUGGAGGGACCGGAUCAGACGAUGCAGAUGUCCCAAUUGGCCGGGAUCCAUGCUCAUUGGACAGCGGCCACAGAAGCCUUAUCGUUGGCUGAUACGGGGCCCAGGGUCGGUGCAGUGGCGGUGGAGACGCAUCACACCAACCUCCACCUGACCUGUGAGUCCCCCUUGUUCAAGUUGCCCAUGGUGAUCGUGCCGAAGGUGUGGCUCCACAGGCAGCUCCUGGUCAAAAAAACUGUGUUGGUCCAGAGGCGCUCACUUGAAGUGCGCCAAGCUGAAUCGCUCGCAGAUGCAGCGGUGACACCACAGGUCUUUGUGGACACAGUGGAGCAGGCCGCGCAGUUGAAAAGAUGCGGUCAGGGUGAGGGAGCUGUCCAAGCAGUUUGGAGAGUCAAUGCUUGGCUUGCGGCACAGCGAGCUCCUCAGAGGGAUGUGGAAUCUCAGAUCGGCGAGAGACGGAGCUUUGAUCGUUUUUGCUCUCCAACUCUGGACCGAUCAGAAGACUUGACCCACCUAACUUGGGGUCUUGCCGAAGCGGCCGGUCAACCCUGGCUGCCGAGGAUCCUGUCCUUGCCGGUGUUCGAUGAUUCGUUCGCCAAGGCUGUUCAAGGGUCUCCCUUCGCCAACUUGGCCUUUGUGGCUGCCAUGGAGAUGAAGACAGCUCAUGAGUUUGUUGCCCAGGUCACAGAAUGGGCCCCUCAAUUGGAUGCUGGGAUCAGGGGUGCUUUGCUCCAUUCAACUUUCAUGCUGGAACAGUUUUGGUCCCUGGCGUGUUCAGUUGAAAGGGCUUUCUUCGAAUCCACUGCGUUUCAGCUGGGGUUUGGGCUUUGUGAAUCUCCCACUGCACCUAUCAGCCCAGCGACAGCCAGAGCUCGAAGAGUGGGGGCGAUCAACGCUCUCGGUGGGAGGCCAGUGAACCCCCCGAGGAAGUUCUUGAAGAAGGGGGCCGAGGAGACGUCAGCUACACCGCUGCUGGAUCAAGAGAACGCAGCUCGGUGGAAGUGGGCGGCUCGCCUGGAAGAGAUUGGGCGCAAGGCUGGCACAUUUUCGAAGCUCCUUCUUGACACGGCCAACGAGGGUGGGCUGUCACAUGCUGAAGUUGCUCGAUUGCGCCAGCUCGUGCUCUCUUCUGGCGCUCCAAGGACCAUGGCCACCCACGUGUCCAACUGGGAGAGGUUCGCAGAAUGGGCUGAACCGAGGCAGAUCGAAGCUUUUCCUUUGACCAGUGCUAAGCUCAUUCAAUAUGCUCUGUUUUUAGAUUCUAAAGAAUGUGGGCUCUUGGCUCUUCAAGCGGAGGUGAUCGGCAAGCGCGCUCGCACUCUGAAAGAGGCCGUGCCCAUUCCCACCCAGGUCGUGCGGGCAAUGGAGCUCUUUGUGGUGGACGAGCAAGAGCUGGAGGCCAUCCGCCUGUUCACAUGGUGGUGGUUGUGCAUGGUGUUUGCGUCGCUCCGCUAUGACGACGCCAUGCACGUGCGCCCCGAUGAGCUGGUCAUGAAUGAAGAGGGCAUGUUCGGCGUGGCCUGGCAGACCAAGGUCGAGCGCAAGAGGCGUGGCACCAAGUUCGUCGUGCCUCAUGUGGGCUUUUCUGGCUCAGAUUGGCUCAGACCUGGUUGGGACUUGCUCCAAGCAGAACAUUUCGCUCUGGCCAGAGACUAUUGGAUGCGCGAUCUGAACUCCAGAGAGGCUUUUCGCGAUGGUCCAGCAGCCUAUCAACGCUCAGUGCAGUGGCUGAGGUUCAUAGGUCGAUACGCUCUCAAUCACUACCACAAAGGGGAGGACCAUGAGUUCAAGUCGCUCGCCAAUGUGGUCAACGAGCUUACAGCUCACUCAGCUCGAGUGACCAUGCUAGAUGCAGCGGUUCACGCGGGCAGAAGUACUGAAGAGAUCGGGCUGCAAGCGAACUGUAAAAAUCCAGGGCCGCUCGUCCUGAAGUACACGCGCAACCGCGCGGCCAUCCCUGCCAAGAUGGUCCAGCAGCUGGUCAAGGACAUGCUCGUGCAGCAACACCCAAUCGAGGAGUCCGAUGAGGUGCAGCUUGACAGUGAGGACCCCUGCUCGUUCGACCAGAUCCAGUUCUUUGUGAAGUCAUCGGGCUCUGCGGCGUCCUAUGACUACCGCUAUCAUUGCAGCGCUCCUGAUGAUGCUGACAAGUCUGCUUGCGGUAGGAUCUCCCUCGAGGAUUGCACGAACGUGGGCUCCUACCUUCCGGAUCUCUCAGUGUUGUGCAAACAUUGCUCACGCGCCCGUCCGGAAGCAGUAGAGCCCUCUGUUCACCUCCCGCAUCCAGUGACCAUGGUGGAUCGCAUGGUGUAUGCUGCGGACAAGACUCCUGAUCUCCCGCUCCGUCAAGUUUUUGGGCGGCAGCGAGUCAAUGAGGACCUGUGCAAGCUCGCAGCAAACUCUGGCUUGCUCACGGUGGAAACCUUCGCCAUGCUCGGCGAUGACAUUGCCUCGGUCAAGGCGACGCUCAAGAACUUGGUGCCUGAUCUCACAGCAUUGGGAGCCGAUGGCCCUGCUCAAGAGCUUGCUUUGACUUGCCUGGCAGCCGUCUGGAAGACGUGCAGCACUAUGCAAGACCAUUUCGCGGCUCGUCGCGCAAAGAUGGAAGAGGACCCCUCCAAGGUUCCAGAAAUUCCGGGCGAAGACCAUGCGGAAUUCAGAGAGACGUUCGUCUCCAGGCACCCUGACGUGCUCCUUCCAGUACAUCGGGAGCCCCACCGCAAGUUCGUGGAGCGAGUCCAGAGAGAUUAUUUGGUUCACGGAUUCGUUCAUUUCUAUGAGGUGGGGGAGAUCCGCACCCGCAACGAGCAGAUCGCUCAGAAAGCGGGCUUGUCCAAGAAUGCCGAGGAUUUGCUGCGGGUAGUCACCAUUGAUCAGCCCUCGGCAGCCAGCUCAGAAUCCCAGGUCAUGGACAAGUUGCACGCGUUCUUCAUCACCUUGGAGUACCUCAACAUUUGUGAGUUCCCUGUGGCCGCGGGACCGCUCAAGUACCUGGCCCAGCUCGAGGAGUGGCGUCACGAGAACCGCGGGCUCGCCUUGCUCCUCACCGUGGACACGCUCAUCCGCAAGAAGGUGCAUCGAGUGAGCUCAGACCACCGCAAACAGUUCACUACGUUCUCGGCGGCCUUUUUGGAGGUGCUCAACAACCACAAACAGCUCUGGAACGAUGCUCGCUCCAGCGCAGAGCUUGACAAAUACAAGCAGGCCGCGCUCACGGCUGCCCCAGCUCGCCGUACGCGGCAAAAGGCCCAGCUCCAAAAGGCCAAGGCAGUGCUCAGCAACUCCGGCAACAAAGAGAAGGACACUCCGCGCAAGGCCGCGCGAGAUGAGCGCGUGCCGGCAAAGGAGUGGCAGACUAUCACUGCGUUCAAGUACAGUGGUGGUCGCAGAUGCCCCUUCUACAACAGCUCGUUGGGUUGCGAGCCUGCCUCCACGAAUGAUGCUCCAGAGCCGGUGCAGCCGCCUCUUGGUCGGAAAGUGGAGUUAGGAGCUCAGACUGCGAUCCCGCACUGGAGCCAGGUGCUCAACGAUCGACACUGGCUUUUCUCCGCUGGACCAUUUUUCCUCGAGCUCUUUGCAGGGAAGGCAGGGAUCACUGAAGCCGUGUUUUUGGCAGGUGUUCCAGUCCUUCCUCCAGUGGACAUUGUGGCGUCCGACCUGGUGCGCACCCCGGUUGACUUGGUGGAUGUCACCCCAAGAACCGCUCGGUCUGGAAGGCUUCCGCUGUCGGAGCAAGAUAGCUGUCUGGUCUUUUUGGGCAAUGUGUUUUUGGAUCGCACAGUAGAAGCUUGCAGCCUGGUCUUUGCAUUUGGGGGUGACUUUCUCAUUGAGAACCCGCUCCUGAGCCUCUUGUGGCAGACGCCCCAGUUGCUCCAGCUCGUGCGAAGCGCUCGCGCCUUCAACCUGGAAUGUGAUCAGUGCGUUUUUGGCACGCUGUGGAUGAAGCCGACACGCUUCGCCUGCUCUAACGAGCAGCUUGAUGUUCUUUGUGUACGUUGUCCGGGCGGGCAUACUCAUGAGUCGCUCAAGGGCAAAGUGUGGGACCCAGCACUACAACGCAUGGUGUUCAAGACCAAGCAGGCUCAAGUGUACCCCCUUGCUCUGUGCGCUACAAUUGCAGACCAGGUGCGGUCCAUCUUCUUGCAGGAGUUGCCUCACCUGAAGCUCACCUUCGAGCUGUGUGUUCCAGCAGCUGACAGGAAGCGCGCUCUGCAUUCGGCGAGGCCGUGGAAAGAGCACAAACAAGCAGACACUGCUCAGAAGGCGCUCUUUGCCGGGUACCAGCUCAAACGCGGUGCUGCGAAACCGCUGCUCGAGGUGGAGAUGGAACCGGGGGGGCAGCAGUCCUGUUUGCUCUUCAACAAGUUCAUCCUUUUUCGCGCUCGGCAGUGUUGCCCCCCUGCGCUCGACGCCGCCAUCCAUGCAGUGGCGACAAACCCGGGUGAGGUGUUGCGUCAUCGUGCUCAAGCUCUGCAGUUCUGGCAACACCGCGCUGAAGCCCUGCUCCCUGAGAUGUUGGCGGCUGCAAACUCUGUGGACCAGACUCUGCCAAAAUUUUUGCUGGUCGGUUUCCCCAUCGUCGGUCCCAUUGCGCCAUCUGGGCGCUGGCCGCCUUAUGAGAAGCCCCAGAAAGUGUUGUCGAUCGACCACGCGCUCUCUAGGGCCUGGGAGAUCCGGGCAAAGAUCACUCAACGAGUUCGUGGCGUUCCUGUAUCUGACAAUUUGGUGAAGAUCUGGGAAGCUACACUCGAAGAUGUUCAAGAAGGCUCAUGUCUGGGCCCCUUUGCUAGCCCAGAGGAGGUUACGGACGCUCUUGGCCAAGAUGAUUGGAUCCCAACUCAGCGCUUUGAAGUGGUUCAAAAGAACAAGGUGCGAGGUUGUGACAGCGCGACCACGAACUUGAUCAAUCAAAUCACUGAGAUCAAAGAGAAGCUCCAACUGCCGUCGACGGACACGAAUGUUGCGGCGAUCAGGAAGCUCAAGACCAUAGCCUCGGACAAAGAGCUCGUAGGUUGGGUGCUCGACGAGCGCAAGGCAUACAGUCAAGUGGCUAUACAACCGGAUCAACGGAAGUUUUCGGUCAUUUGUCUGAAGUCGCCCAGCUCGGGGAGGCCUGCGUUCUUCAUCAUGGUCGGCCCCUCUUUUGGUUUGGUUUCUGCUGUGUACAACUACAACAGGCGCUCAGCGGCGAUCAACGCAAUUUUGGUCUCCUUGUUCAAGCUGGUUGCAUUCAGUUUCUAUGACGACAAGUACGGGUUUGAACCUGCUGCCUCGGCCCCAUGCGCUCGCAAUGUGGCGGAAACAGUGCACUGGUGGCUUGGUGCAAAAUUUGAUCAGAAGAAACUGCAGUUGUCCUCUGAGCCAACGAUCUUGGGUGUGACGUGCAACCUGCGGGAGAUGCAACUAGAGAUCAAAGCUGAUCGAAAGAAAGAUCUGCUCGAGGAGAUUGAUUUUAUCUUGCACGUCGGGUUGCUCGACCCUGGGUCGGCAGGAAAGCUCAAAGGCAAGCUCAUGUUUGGUGCGUCGCAGCUCUGGGGGAAGGUUGGGCGUGCUUUCUUGCGCCCUAUUUCAGAACGUCAGUAUUGGAAGUUCCCGUCGGGCACUGAGUUCAAGCUCGACGUCCCACUCACAGAGUACCUGAAGCAGUGGAAGAAGCUGGUUCAUGCUGGGCCGCCAAGGCAGAUCGACCUGGCUCAGGAGAGACUCCCCGACUCGGUGAUCUUUACUGAUGGCUUCACGCCUGAUCCUCGAUCGAGUGACGUGAGUCCAGAUCGGAUUGGUGGAGUCAUCUUUGAGCGGCGCUUGAAACAGCCCAGACAGUUCACAGCGGUCGUCCCUGACGAGAUCAAGGAGCGGUGGCUGAAGAGAGCUACGCAAAUCAUGCCGAUCGAGAUGUUGGCUCCCGUAAUAGCUCUCUCCGCAUUCGCCGAUCGGCUAGUGGGCGCUGAUAUUUUUCUUUUCAUUGAUUCGGAAUCAGUUGAAGCUGCCCUGAUCAAGGGAUACUCGAGUCGGUCUGACAUGUGUGAAAUCAUCACUCUGUUUUGGGAUCUUGCUUUGAAAUUAAAAGCUCGAAUAUUUAUCGACCGUGUUUCAACCGAUGCCAAUCCAGCAGAUUGGCCAUCCAGAAAUAAGCUCUGGAUAGGGGAAGCAGCAGGAUGGUCUACGGUAAAAGCCACUUGGCCACAGGAGCUCAAUUUCUGCUCUUGA